AUGCUCUGUCCGUUUAGGAUACUCUGUUUAAUAAGUGUUGCGUCAAUAUCGAGUGUCACACUUGCUCUGCCUUCCCAGAACCCUUUUCUCGACGGAGAAAACCUUGGUCAGACAGAACAACACUGGUGCUCUUAUACGGAUGGCGCUCGCCUCGACGACUCGGACGACCUCGGAGCCCUCCGGGAAGCUGAUCUCAACCUGGCAGCUGAUAACAAGAACGUCAUAAACAUCCCCGUCAAUGUUUUCGUCGUUGGCAACCCAGAGGCAGUGGCGAAACUGACUAAAACUUCUCCAAUACUCAGACUGAAAGAGACUCUCGAAGAGGGAUACUCGGGUCUGGGAAUCUCUUUCAGUCCCCUGAAAUCCUACAUUCUCCCGGGCAAAGUGCAUGGGGAGUAUGUAUACUCCACCCGCGUUACGGAAACCUCGCUCAGUAUGCAGCGCCAGGUCCGCGCCGGUGGCGCCGAGACACUGAACAUAUACCUUGUGGCCAACAUGACACCCGGUCUCCUGGGAUUCGCCUACUUUCCCCAACUGCUGCAGAGGAACGUAGCAGACCUCUUGACCAUCGAUGGCGUCUUCCUCGGCCACAGCGCCAUGGUCAGUUACCUGUCGAAGAAGGCCAUCAUCCACGAGGUGGGUCACUGGCUUGGCCUCUUCCACCCGUUUGCAGGAGGUUGUGCUGUCCCGGACGGAGACCACGUGCCGGAUACCCCGCAGGCGGAAGUCAGGGGCGAUCUGUCGUGCACCGAUGGCAAGGACUCGUGCCCUACGCUUCCCGGUCACGAUCUGGUCCGUAAUUACAUGACGUACUCCACUUGCACCGAGAAACUGUCCUUCACCCCUGGCCAGGUCUCGAAGAUGCGGCAGGCUUGGGACCAGUUCCGAAACCCCAGCACCAGACGGCUUCCUCCUCUCACGAACUGGACUCUUCGCGGUCUGCAAACAGGGGUCGAGCCUGAGGCUACCAACACCACUCUCAUUGAUUUCGAAGAAUAUGUCGGUCCUGAAACUGCCGGAGCAUCGGCAAACAGCACUGGAUAG